AUGGCAUCCUUUAUGAACAUUGCCGUGGUUCGAGCUGAAAAAAGUUACAAGCCGAGGGUCACGACACGGGAUUGUGACUACAAAUCCGUGUUCAGAUUCAAAAAGGAGAAUGUCGAAUGGAUUUCUGCACAUUUCCUGGGGGAAAAAUUUGAACAUAGAGGCGGAGCGUUAUCCUCGGAACAGAAAAUGAAGAUUUUUCUUCGGUACAUGGCCGACCCUGGAUUUCAAACUGGCGUUGGCGAGGAUAUCGGUGUAGAUCAAACCACAGUGAGCCGAACCAUUCAUGAGGUUAGAAAGAAAAUUAUGGAGAAGGCGGACUUGUGGAUCAAGUUCCCACAAACCAUGGCCGAAAUUUUGGAAGCUAAACAGGAUUGGCAAUCAAGAUUCCAAAUUCCUUCUGUAAUUGGUGUUGUCGACUGCACCCAUGUACGAAUCCCCAAGCCAAAGCAAGACGGGGACGAAUACAUCAAUAGGAAGAAUUAUCCGAGUUUGAAUGUUCAGGCGACGUGUAACGCCAAGGAAUGGUUUACAAGCGUCACCGCGCAAUGGCCCGGAUCUGUCCACGACAGCAGAAUAAUGAAGAAUUCAGAUCUCUUUAUUAUAAUGAAUAAAACUCGGGACACGGUCAUCUUGGGAGACUCUGGAUACGCUAUAUCACCUUGGCUAAUCACGCCAUACUCAAACCCUGUUAAUGAUUUGCAACGACAUUUUAACAAGAUAUACGCCAGGGAACGCGUAAUCAUUGAACGAUGUUUUGGGCAAGUGAAGAAACGCUUCCCGAUCCUUCACUACAAAGUCCGAACUGCACUGCAAACCGUCCCCUCAGUGAUCAUUUGCUGUUUUGUCCUGCAUAAUGUAGCCAAGUAUUUGAACGACACUGAUAAUUUUCCAGAACUUGAAGAAGAUUGCGAUGAAGGUGAGCCUGAACCGGCAGAAGAGGUGGGUCCCGUUGCGCUUUCCGAACGACGGGUUAGGGAGCUCGGACAGCAGAAACGCGAACAAAUUGCAGCCAGUUUAUUCCUAAAUCAAUAG